GAACAAAGACGUUUGGGUAGCGCUAGCGUGGCACUCUAUAUCUGACAACACCGCGUACCCCGCCAAUUGUGUCGUGACGUCGUGACAUCGAGAAGGUACGAAGUUGUUCGGUUACGCGGGCAGACGCUGGUUCGGUGAGUUUGCGGAGCGUAACGUAGAGGAAAAUGGCGAUGGCAACAACUCAAGUUAAGGGAAGUGGAUGGCCGAGGAGAGCAAGUAAUAGUUCGUUUGAAGGAAAAGUGGUUCAAAACCAAUCUGUAACUAUCAACAGGACAGUUAAUUUAUAUCCUUUGACAAACUAUACAUUUGGAACAAAAGAGCCACUCUUUGAGAAAGAUCCAUCGGUACCAGCAAGGUUUCAGCGUAUGAGAGACGAGUUUGACAAAAUUGGAAUGCGACGCAGUGUAGAAGGAGUUUUGUUGGUACACGAACAUGGAUUACCACAUGUUCUCCUUCUACAGUUAGGAACAACAUUCUUCAAAUUGCCUGGAGGAGAACUAAAUGCAGGAGAAGACGAGGUAGAGGGCCUAAAACGGCUCCUUACAGAGACAUUUGGACGUCAAGAUGGAGUUAAGCAAGAAUGGGUCAUAGAAGAUACCAUUGGAAACUGGUGGAGACCUAAUUUUGAACCACCACAGUAUCCUUACGUACCACCACAUAUUACUAAACCAAAAGAACACAAGAGGCUGUUCCUCGUCCAAUUGCAAGAGAAAGCACUAUUCGCAGUACCGAAAAAUUAUAAAUUGGUCGCGGCCCCAUUAUUUGAGUUGUACGAUAAUUCACAAGGAUAUGGACCCAUCAUUUCAUCAUUACCACAGUCGUUGUGCAGAUUUAAUUUUACCUAUAUGUGAAAGAAAAGUGAGAAAGUGGAGUAAUUUUAUUUAAGUUAACAAAAAACUAUUAUAAAUACAUGUAUGUGUGUAUGAGAUGACGAGUGAAAAGGUAAAAGACUUGUUCUAUGUACAAUAUGACGUGCACUAAAAAUUAAAUCAUUUUUUAAGUAGUACUUAUACAACUCAUUCGCAAUUUUAAUCUCUAAUCCUUGUAUUUUCGUCAUUUCUCCACUUUAUGCUUAAGGAUAGUGUCCAUUAUAUCAACGUAUGCUCUAAGAUGUACAUAUAUUGUUAAACUUUAUCGUUUAUAUGUAUAAUUCCGAAGUGUUUUAGUUUUAUGUUAUAAAUCCUGUCAUGAAAGAUAUUAAAUUUAAUAUACAUAUAAUUUUAUGACAAAUAUAAUUUUGUAA